UAAUCCCGCCGCAGCAGCUCCGUUGCUAAUUAUUAUUAUUAUUAUUAUUUGUGUGUGUUUCGUUCUAACCCCGCCGCAGCAGCUCCGCGUGUGUCGUCACAUCCGGUGUCAGGAAAGGCUCUAGAAUAUUACCGUCGCUUCUCGUUCAUUCUGCGCUGUGUGUAUUUAAGCGCUUCCUGCUGCUGGCGCUCUUUCAGUCUGUCAUGACAUUACAAAACAUAUCUGCGUUAACGUUCAUGUAAACAUAAACCCUGAACCUGUGCUGGACGCGUCCACAGGAGCAUCAUAUUACAUAUCAACAGGUCUUCACCUGUGGAAGAGAGCGGCCAUACGGCCCGUCACUCGUCAUGCUGUGCUGGGGGAAUGCCUCGUACGGGCAGCUGGGUUUAGGUGGGAUUGAUGAGGAGAUAGUGCUGGAGCCGAGGAAAUGUGAGUUCUUCGAGGGCAAGCGUGUGAGGGAUGUGGGAUGCGGCAGACGUCAUAGCGUCUUUCUGCUGGAGGACGGGACGGUGUACACCUGCGGCUGCAGUGACCUGGGACAGCUGGGGCAUGACAAAGCACGCAAGAAACCAGAGCAGGUUGUGUCUCUGGAUGCUCAGAACAUUGUGGCCGUGUCUUGUGGUGAAGCUCAUACUCUGGCUCUAAAUGAUAAAGGACAAGUUUUUGCAUGGGGUCUGGGAUCAGACGGGCAGCUCGGCCUUUCAAACAUAGAGGAUUGUAUCCGUAUACCCAGAACUGUCAAGAGUUUGUCAGAGGUUCACAUUGCCCAGGUGGCCUGUGGAUAUUGGCAUUCCCUUGCUUUAGCCAGAGGAGGUCAGAUAUUCUCCUGGGGCCAAAAUAAAUACGGACAGCUGGGGCUCGGAAUGCAGGGAGCCGGCGUCUCCUCCCCACAAGUCGUUCAGUCUUUGCAGGGCGUCCCAUUUGCCCAGAUAUCUGCAGGGGGCUCUCACAGCUUCGGGCUCACGCUGUCUGGGGCCGUUUUCGGCUGGGGGAGUAACAGGUUCGGCCAGCUGGGCCUCAGCGACAAUGAUGAUCGCCAUUUCCCUGCCUUGCUGAAGACUCUCAGGUCCCAACGGGUUGUUUACAUAUGCUGUGGAGAGGACCACACGGCGGCACUAACGAAGGAGGGAGGUGUUUUUACAUUUGGAGCGGGUGGUUACGGUCAGCUGGGACACAACACCACAAACCAUGAGGUGAACCCCAGGAAGGUGUUUGAACUCAUGGGGAAUGUGGUUGCACAGAUAGCUUGUGGUAGGCAGCACACUUUGGCGUUCAUCCCUUCAUCAGGAAAGAUUGACUCAUUUGGUCUCGGCGGUAACGGACAGCUAGGAACCCGCUCGACCUACAAUAGGAUAAGUCCCGCCCCUGUGAAGGGCUGCUGGCAAGCCCAUACUGAUCCUGUGCCUAUGGAUGUAGAUUUGACUGGGUUGUCCAUUUCAGAGGCGGAACAGAGUUACUGUGUGAAGAGGAUCUACGCUGGAGGAGACCAGAGCUUCGCUCACUACGCUUUAUCUCAGGACGACAGCCCUCCAGUUGAUCUGAGGACAACCAGACUUGAUGGACAGAUAUACACUCUAAGCGAUGACCUCAUCCAGAAAUGGCUCAAUCAUGGCCAUGGGAGACUAUCACCAGAAAUCACCAAUGAGAUUGAUCUUGUGUUCUCUUCAGCGAGUUGUCUCAACGGAAGCUUUCUGUCUGGAAGUAAUCCAGAUCACUACAACACUAACAGUAAGUGCUCAGGUGUGGACAUCAACAUGGCUCGCCUGCUCUACCACAGACUCAUCCAGUCCGAUCACCCACAAAUCUCACAAAUUGUGGCUGCUAGUAUAGAGAAGCAUCUCCUCCCCAGAUUGAGCAGUUCUCCUCCAGACAUCGAGGCUCUGAGACUCUACCUCACGCUGCCCGAGUGUCCGCUCCUCAGCAACCCCAACAACUACACCACCCUCACUAUUCCCUUCGCCAAGGCCGUCGUAAGCCUGAAGGACGCCCCCAUCAAAGUGCUCGGAAACUGGUGGUCAAAGUUUGAGCCAGCGGUCUUCCAGAGGCUGGUGGAGCUCUAUAAGGAGGUGGUGGUGUAUCUACUGCGGAUGCAGAAACUGGGAAUUCCUCUUUCUGACCAGAGGAUCUUCACCUGCUUCCUGCACACCUCACUCAAAUUCCUGGAGAUCCUCCACUCGGUUAAUGAGCGUGCUGGCCAGAUCAUCCAGUAUGACAAGUUUUAUAUUCAUGAACUGGAUGAACUCAUUGACAUCAGGAAUGAUUAUGUCACCUGGUUUCAGCAGCAGAUGUUCUCUGUGGUGAGUUUUCUGCAUUGUUCAAAGGUCAUGGACUCUCAGGUGACCAUGUGCAAAUACCCAUUUGUUUUUGACGCUCAGGCGAAGACAGCACUGCUUCAGACUGAUGCUGUGAUCCAGAUGCAGAUGGCGGUGGAUCAUGCUCAGAGACAGAACUUACACUCUCUGUUCCUGUCCGGUGGAGGAGUGGAGUCAGUAAACCCCUGCCUCAUCCUCAUCGUACGCCGAGAAAAUGUGGUCGGAGACUCCAUGGAGGUGCUGAGGAAGUCCAAAAACGUUGAUUACAAGAAGCCGCUCAAGGUGAUCGUUGUGGGAGAGGAGGCCGUGGACGCUGGCGGCGUGAGAAAAGAGUUCUUCCUGCUCAUCAUGAAAGAACUUUUGGACCCUAAAUAUGGGAUGUUCAGAUACUACGAGGAGUCCAGGCUCAUCUGGUUCACUCACAAGACAUUUGAAGACAUUGACUUGUUCCAUCUGAUCGGUGUGGUCUGCGGAUUGGCCAUCUAUAACCUCACUAUAGUGGAGCUGAACUUCCCACUAGCGCUGUACAAGAAACUCCUGAAGAAAACUCCCACUCUAGAGGACCUGAAAGAACUCAUGCCUGACGUAGGGAGGAGUCUUCAGCAGCUGCUGGAUUAUACGGAGGAUGAUUUGGAAGAAACGUUUUGCCUGAAUUUCACAAUCACUGAGGAAAUUUUUGGCACCACGGAGGUAUUGGAGCUGGUUCCCAAUGGGACGGACAUCAGUGUCAACAAGUCCAACAGGCAGGAGUUCGUCAACGCCUAUGUCGUUUAUAAAUUUAACACCUCCGUGGCUCCUCAGUUCAGCGCUUUCUAUGCUGGAUUUCACAAAGUGUGUGGAGGGAAAGUUCUAGAGCUUUUCCAGCCCAGUGAACUGCAGGCCAUGGUCAUAGGAAACACCAAUUAUGACUGGAAGGAAUUAGAGAAGAGCACAGAAUAUAAGGGCGAGUACUGGGCGGAUCACCCCACCAUCAAGAUAUUCUGGGAAGUGUUUCACGAGCUGCCUUUGGAGAAGAAGAAACAGUUCCUGCUGUUCCUCACGGGCAGCGACCGAAUCCCCAUCCUGGGCAUGAAGAGCCUGGCGUUAGUGAUCCAGCCCACCGGUGGCGGAGAGCAAUAUUUCCCUGUAGCGCACACAUGCUUCAACCUGCUGGAUCUGCCCAAGUACACUAAUAAGGAGACACUCAAAGAGAAACUGCUGCAUGCCAUCGAACACAACCAGGGCUUCAACCUCGUCUGACGUCAGCAAGCGCAAAACCAGACCGUAUGUGACACACAGGUACCACACACUUCAGCCUGCAGAAACGUUUGCGGAGUUCAUUGUGUGACUGCUGCCUUUGAGUUGUUUUCGAAAUUAGCAUAGAAAUGUUUGAUUUAUUAUGCAUCUGAAUAAUCAUCAGUUACAAUUUAAAUAAAUUUAAAUAAAUUUAAAUAAAUUAUAUCUGUAAAUACAGCGUCCCAGUGGGACUGAAAUGUGUAAACAGUAUUUGUUUAUCAGAAUUUUGUUACUUACUCAAAGUUUGGGGUGAUAUUUGUGUGCUAGUAUUAAAAGAUUUCUCCCCCUUUUU